UUUAGCCGUUGGUUUAUUCUAGUAGGACGCAACAAAAUCAUAGUCACCGGACAAGAAAUAAUUCCACGGAAAUGAACUAAAAACCAAGCUCAUCGAUUUCUAUCGCACUGAAUGAGAUCCCCUUAAACCUUAUUAGCUUCAAAUUCCGACAUUUCACGGCGACAACAUGGCAACACCAUUUAUAGCUGGGCUUGCAGUAGCUGCUGCUGCUCUUGCCGGUAGAUAUGGGAUCCAGGCUUGGCAAGCAUUUAAGGCACGCCCGCCAACAGCUAAAAUGCGCAGAUUCUAUGACGGUGGUUUCCAACCGACAAUGACAAAAAGGGAAGCAGCUCUUAUUCUUGGUGUUAGAGAGAAUGCACCAGCAGACAAGGUCAAGGAAGCACAUAGAAAGGUAAUGGUUGCAAACCAUCCUGAUGCAGGUGGUAGCCAUUAUCUUGCUUCUAAAAUUAAUGAAGCUAAAGAUGUGAUGCUUGGUAAAACAAAGGGUAGCGGAUCUGCGUUCUAAGAUAUUGGAAAUUUCUUUGAUUUUGCAUUUUCUCACAAGUGAAUAUUUUCAUUUCAUUCCAUAAUAUUUUAACUUACAAAAGAGUCUCAUGAACUGUUGUGCCUUUUGUUAAGUUCAUGAAUUAGUCCUAGCACUGCUUCUUGUCAUUCUGUUGCUCUUUUACUGUUUUACUAAAGAUUAAACCUUCUUCCCAAGUUGAGAAAUUAAUGUUUCAUGCUCGAUACCAUAAUUUGAGGGAAAAUAAGUCAAUUCAUAAAUUCAGGUUGAAUGCU